AUGCAGCGGCACGGGCUGGAGUCGCAGGUGUCAGACACUUUGCAUUGUGAGUCCGUCCCGAUCAAAGGGGAUGCAGAGCUCCGAGCACUUCAAAAGCGGAGUGAGGAGGAGCCACGGGGACCCCUGGGGUCUGCCAGAGGAGGGGGGCUCACUGCGGGUAUAAGAGGCUUAGACAGUGCGGAGCAGGUUAAUGGGGGUACCCCUGCCCAGAGGAAGCGAAAGCGGACCCUGUACAGCAAGUGGCAGCAGGUGGAGCUGGAGAGUGUGUUUGCUGUGGUGCCUUAUCCAGAUAUUAGCACAAGGGAGCACCUGGCCAAAAUCAUCAGGCUGCCAGAAUCCAAAGUACAGGUUUGGUUCCAAAACCGAAGAGCCCGGAAAAACAAGAGUGGAAAGCUGGACAAAUCUUUAUACAAGAGGGGCUCUUCCACCCGGACACCGUACUUGCAUCUAACCACGCAAGCCCAUUCACAGAUCUGUAAUUCCAGAGAGCCUCUGAUUUCCAUGCAGUUCCCAUCAAACCAGCCACUGGUUUAUGGUUCAUACUGUCAGCAGGAGGCUGGCGUACAGCAGGUGCCAUGUCAGCAAGUCAUCGAAGCAUCUCCUCCACAUUAUCAUCAGCAGUAUUUCGGAGAUGACACCUUGCAGUACAACCAUGGACAGCAGGGGCUACAGUGGGAGUGUUAUCCCCCCAAUAAACAAAGCCCACACUACGGAUACAACAGUGUUCCAGCUCAGAUGAUGGAGCUGGAACAUUAUAUGACUUCACAGCUUUCAUAUUUAGGGGUGUUUCCUCAAGGAAUGGAUCAGAAUGGAUCUCAAACCUCAUUAGGAUCUAUAUCUGAUCUCAUAUACAAUUCUGCCAUAAUCACCAAUGCUGGAGAAUCCUAAGCGUUUUCUUUGGAACUCAAAGGAUUUAUCAGAUGAUACAUUCUACCAUAAAGACUAGACUAUAUGAAGCUUAUGGAAAACUCGAACCAGCCUCCAAGACACUUAUAAUACAACUGGAGUUACGUGACAGCAGCUGCCGAGUAACCAUAUUGCGAACAUAAAACUACAAAGGAGAAGGGUCCCUCGAUUCUGGAGUUUGAUUUGUUAAUGCUUUGAUUUCUAGAGAAGGAAGUGGUGUUAACACCUACAUAUUUCUG